AUGAAUCUAUCCCACUUCAGUUUUGCACAACUACGGUUUUUGUCGAAUUCAUCGUUUAGUUUGAAAAAUGUUGAUAGUGACACUUCUGAAUUGGAAAGAACGUUUCAGAUUUAUUUGUAUGCGUUUACAAUGUUUUUAUCCUUUUUUGCCAACUUUUCGUUGAUUGCUAUUGUCUUAAGUGCCAAGAGUCUAAGAACAAAAUUCAACUUUUUUGUGGUGAACUUCUCUUUUGUGAAUUUACUAAUUCCAACAUUCUGUAUGUGGCUUCAUCUUAUCUACCAUUUGGACAAAGGGCAAUGGAGAUUUGGAGCUUUCUUCUGUAAAAUUAACAUAUUCUUGCAAGUUCUUGUUGUUUGUGUUAGCAACUUCAUUUUGACUGUAACAGUCCUUGACCGUUUCUUGGCAACGCUUUCCUCACCACUGCAGAAGUACACUCAGGAUCACGUGAUCAUCGUUAUGCUUGUUGUGUGGACGUCAGGCCUUGUUCUAUCCCUACCAUACAUCUUUUACACAAAAUUUUCAGAGUUUAAUUGGAUAGGUGGUCACGAGAGACUGUGCCAGGCUCAUUUUCCAUCCAUGGAAGCUAGAAGAGCCUAUGUGACCAUUUUCUCUUUACUAGGCUAUGUUUUUCCGGUCCUUGUAAUGUUCUUCCUCAUUAGUAUUUCUCUGAGAAGUACAGGUGUACCAAAUGAUAAUAUGGAGAGGGACGUGCGAACUAGAUGUCAAAUGAAACGUAGGGCCCUACACUACGUAUUCACUGUCCUUAUAGUAUUUUUCCUUUGCUGGUCUCCACAACAGUUCCUUAUGCUGUGGGAUGUUUUCAGAGAAAGAACGCUACAUACCAAGUUGCCGAAGAACAUCCACCAAUACAGUUUCUAUUCUUACUACGUUGCAUAUGCCAGUAGUUGUGUGUACCCCAUUCUGUACAUGACAUAUAACAAAGGUUUUCGGUUUGCAAUCACUCAGAUUCUACGUUUCAAACGACGUAAGGUCACGAACAUUGAUACCAAUAUAAAGGAUAUUGAAGAACAAAAUGGUGGUUAUGAAAAUGAUAACGACUCUUUUGAAGCUUUGGGAAAAGAUUCUGGAAUGCAACAAGUACAACUUCAACCUAUGAACCAAAUACAGGUGAUAGCAACCAUUGAAGAGCAAGCACAAAAAUCAACAUAA